GGCGGGGCGGCGGCAGGUGCCGCGGGAGGAUGGCGGCGGGUGACCCGGAGCAGGCGCGCUACUGCGGGCGGCUCUCGUACCUGUGCCUGAAGCUGAGCCUCAUCACCUACUCCACCACCUUCUGGGUGAUUGGAGCCCUCAUCCUCGCUGUUGGGAUUUAUGCAGAAAUUGAAAGACAGAAGUACAAAACUCUAGAAAGUGCCUUUCUAGCCCCAGCAAUUAUUUUAAUACUUUUGGGCAUUGUGAUGUUCCUGGUAUCCUUUGUGGGUGUACUGGCUUCUCUGAGAGACAAUUUAUGCCUUCUGCAAGCAUUCAUGUACAUCCUUGGUAUCUGCCUGCUGAUCGAGCUGACAGGUGGAGUGGUGGCCCUGAUCUUCAGGAACCAGACAAUCAAAUUCUUGAAUGAUAACAUUAGAAGAGGAAUUGAGAAUUACUAUGAUGAUUUAGACUUCAAGAACAUCAUGGAUUCUGUUCAAAAGCAGUUCAAGUGCUGUGGUGGGGAAGAUUAUAGAGACUGGUCCCAAAAUGUGUACCACAACUGUGCAGCUCCAGGACCACUGGCCUGUGGGGUGCCCUACACUUGCUGCAUCAGAAACAGGACAGACAUUAUCAACACAAUGUGUGGAUACAAAACCAUUGACCAAGAGCGCCUGAGCGUUCAGCACGUGAUCCACGUCCGAGGGUGCACCAACGCCGUGCUCAUCUGGUUUCUGGACAACUACAGCAUCAUGGCUGGUGUGCUGCUUGGCAUCCUGCUGCCCCAGUUCCUGGGGGUGCUGCUGACGCUGCUGUACGUGACCAGGGUGGAGGACAUCAUCAGCGAGCACAAGCUGGGCCAGAGCCUCUUCGGGGACACGCCUGCCCCUGACCUGGCUGCAGCUGGCUGCUGCAUGUGCUACCCUGGCUGAUGGCAGCCCAGACCCUGCCAGAGCAGGCAAAGCCAGCUGCUUUGGGCUGUGCUGGCUGUGCAGACACUGGAGCAGGCAGCAGCCGGUGCUGGGGGCGAGCCAGGACACAGCAGAGGAGCCCCGUGAGGCUCUUGGGGCAUUAAAUUCCUUUGAGUGAUUGCUGGGAGAUGACACGGCCAGAAAAAACUGGAGAAGAGCUGAACCUCCACGUCCAGGAAGUGUCUUUGCAUCUUGGGAUGUUGCAUUUCAGUGUUUGUCCUUCUCCAGCUUUGUUUCCUCCCUCCUCCCAGAGAGAUUCCUUGCUGAUCCAGGUGGUGAAGACGAGAGCUGUGUUUAACAGUGGGGUUUUCUGCUAAUCAUGGUGAAUUCACUGACAAGAAUGGAUGUGAUGCUGAUUGCUUUCAUUGCUCAGUGCCUUUUAAUAAGGGGGCAAAUGCCAGUGUCCAAUCAGUCAGGUAAUGCUUGAUCUAUUUUUUAAUGCAGUUUAUUACUGUGUGGCUUUUGUAUAAACUCACAAGAUGUUCGAGUCUUGGAUGUACUGUAUUUUUCCCCUUUAGUAAAUUAACUAGGUGAUUUAUGACUUUAUAUUUUUUUGGAGUUCUGUAUGUCAAGAUGUUUCUAAAAUUUACUGUUGAAAUAAAACCAAUGAGUUGUUUUUUCUUA